CAGCUCGACACCCAACAGCGACACCUCUACAUCCACACGACUCGACGGAAUUUAACGGGUAUUGCGCAAGUGCCCUGUCGCAUUGGAUCGAGUCACAAAUUCUCACAUCCAGAAUCUACGAACCUCCUCACCUCCCCGCCGAUAGACAAUCAACCGUCCUCCACCUCAACCAGAUCGCAUAGCCCACCAUGUUGUCCUUCCUGUCGUCGAGCAUGUCUAAUACGCGCCAGUCGCUGGCGCAAGUCCUCAAUUUUGCGCUGGUCCUCUCUACGGCCUUCAUGAUGUGGAAGGGAUUGUCGGUAGCUACGGCCUCCUCGUCGCCCAUUGUCGUUGUUCUGUCGGGGUCUAUGGAACCUGCUUUCCAGAGAGGCGACCUGCUCUUCUUAUGGAACCGAGCUCCGCGCGCUGAAUUGGGAGAGGUUGUGGUUUACAAUGUCAGGGGCAAGGAUAUCCCGAUCGUGCACCGUGUUGUGAGGACGUUCCCUGAGGUCGAAGGGAAAGCGAAGAAGGUCAAGGAGGUUGAGGAUGCCUCGACUGUCCCGAACAACAUGCUCUUGACUAAGGGAGACAACAACGUUGCCGAUGACACUGAGCUCUACGCGCGAGGCCAGGACUAUUUGAACCGGGAGGAGGAUAUUGUGGGUAGCGUGCGAGGGUAUAUUCCGAUGGAGCUAGCUGAGCUCGUCGAAUCCCCUCCCGAAGGCAUCAAAGUCGAACUCGCAAAUGAAGCAGACCUCUACGACUGGAAAGUCUACUUGAACGGCCCCGAAAGCUCUCCUUUCCACAACGGCACGUUCCUAGUCAAACUCAAGUUCCCCAACGAAUACCCCUUCAAGCCCCCCGCGGUCAACUUCGCAACAAAGAUUUACCACCCGAACGUUACGAAUGAUGACAAAGGAAGCAUGUGUCUGGGGAUGUUGAGGCCCGACGAGUGGAAGCCCAGUUCGCGGGUGGUAGCUGUACUGCAGUUCGCUCGUCAGCUGCUGGCGGAACCGAUGCCGGACGAUGCUGUUGAGGGACGGAUUGCGGAGCAGUAUAAGAAUGAUCGGGCGCGGUAUGAGGAGGUGGCGAGGGAUUGGACACGUCGGUAUGCGAAUGAGAAGGCAUAGUAAACACGUUUGAUGGGCAGGAUGCUUUUACUGGAAUUGGAUUUGGGUUUCAGGCGGUCGCUGGAUAGUUGAAGAUCAUGAUAGCGUCCGACCGUUUCUUGCGCGAUCGCUGCGCGCUUGAUCUGCUCUUGGAAACAUUUUGAGACAUCGCAGUAUGGACAUGGUGAACAGGGCCAGCAUCAUUCUUACAGAGGCGCAUUUGGGAACCGGCAUUGUUAUCAUUAAUCGAGUGCAUCGAGAUAUGGUUUUCUUGACGGAUACGUCUUGGUUAUUAUGCAUAAAUUAUACAGAGCUCAUGAAUUGCACAAUGCAAGCAUAGUUUCACAUUGAUUCUGACAGUUGACAAGCGAUUCCACAUGUCAGCGAUAUAUCUCUUGCAAGAGAAUGUGAGCCUUUUAGGACGGCGAUGAUAUCCGACAAUCCAGCAAUGUAUCUACAAUGACUGUUUAUCCCAUACAUCAUAUGCCAAACAUUUCCAUUC